CAGACAUCAUCUGGAUGACAUCAUGCACUGAGUGUAUGCAGAAUACCAGAUGAGAGCUGACAUUUCAGAUCGAUGCUCAGCCGGACAGAACCGGUUCCACACCAGAACCUUUCAGAAAUCUCACAAUGAAUCAUGGAGGAUCAGAGACACGAGUCUGAGCCAAUCAGAGCGCUGCAUUCCUCUCAACCAAUCAGAGCGCAGGGAGGUGAUGUAAUGCUUUAAAGAGCAGAAGUGGUGCUGAUGCUGCGCAGUCAAACAGCAGCAAAGAGACGAGACAAAACACACAGACACACAGACAUCACUCCAAGGAGCAGAGGUUCAGUGUAGACUCACCCUCAGAGACAGAACAAUGACUCUCGCAGCGUACAAAGAGAAGAUGAAGGAGCUCCCCCUGGUGGCAUACUUCUGCUCCUGCAUCCUUCCAGAGUCUAAAGAGAAAACCACCAAAAAAACUCACCAAGGCGUGGUGGAUCUGAACCUGUGCCUUAUCAAAGACAUGGAGGUGAUUGAGCUGAACAAGCGUUCCUCAGGUCAGGCCUUUGAGGUCAUCCUGAGGCCACCAUCGUUUGACGGUCAGAGAGAGUUUAAUCCCACCAUCCCACCCCGCAGAGACCCAUCACUGGAGGAGAUCCAGAAAAAGCUGGACGCUGCCGAAGAGAGGAGGAAGGGUCAGGAGGCUGAACUUCUGAAACAUUUGGCUGAAAAGAGAGAGCACGAGCGUGAAGUGGCUCAGAAAGCCAUGGAGGAACACAACAACUUCAUCAAAAUGGCCAAAGAGAAGCUGGAGCAGAGGAUGGAGAUCAACAAGGAGAACAGAGAAGCUCACAUCGCUGCCAUGCUCGAGCGCCUGCAGGAGAAGGAGAAACACGCUGAGGAGGUGAGGAAAACGAAAGCGCAGAUGGAGGUGGACUGGCAGUAGAACACAAAAACCCUGUGUUAUCCAUUUCUUUUUUAAUUAAUUUAAGAUGUCACAUGGAGGAAAUCUAGUCUGAUGGUUGAUGUUGUGAUGUAACCUUCACUGUAUAGGGAACAGGAAUGUGUGAUUUGGAUCGAAUUUCUGAGCUUCAGCGUGCGAUUUGUGUGCUGGAAAGCCAAAUAUACACUAGAAUAGCGUCAGAGAAAGAAAACUGUUCAUUAGCAAUUGGCGCAUCUUUUAUUUCCUUGUCACGUUGACGCUUUUGCAUGUUUUUAAUCUUACUGAGUUGUGAUGUGUCUUUGUGAUGAUGUAAGAACGUAAACUUGUAGUUUGUGUAGCUACAGUUGGUGUGUAUUAGCUUUGUUAGCUUUUUUUGUGUCGGGGGGAAAAAUGUAAAAUAAAAUAGCGACUAGAUAUCAGAGGAAGUGACACGAGAGACAUGUGAACCAUGGUGCUAAUCCCUGUUUGUUUUAA